AGCUGGAGGUGGAGCAGAUGAUGGAGUUCUGGUUCCAGUAGAACCGGGUCGACUGGACCAUCAGCAGGGAAAACAAUCCUAAAUAAUUAGUUUGGCAGCAUUUUCCGUUUCCAGUGGGAAUGAUAAAUGAUGACAGAGUGACAGACAACAUGUAAGUAGGUGAAGUUUAGAAACAUGAGUAUAUCAGUAAACCUGUUACUCCCUGAAAAUGGAAGAAUGUUGCUGUUUUGGUCCCUAAUCGAACCCAGUGUACCGGACUGUCAGGGGGAAAACAUCCUUCGCUGGUCAGUUUGUGUAGGAAGGAUUCUCUCUCUCUCGUUGGUCUCUGCUGACUUUAGAGGAUAUAAAAGCUUCAUGGUGUAACUCGGCUCCUCUCAGCUCGAAGCUGCAGCAUCAUGACUAACUCUUCACAGGUCCUGUAUUUCACUCUGACUGCCUACUUUGACAUUGGGAGUUUGAAAUACCUGUACUUUAUGAUGGUUAUGUGUUUCUAUGUCCUGAUUAUCGGCUCCAACGUCCUGCUGAUCGUGGUGAUCUGUGUGAACCGGAGCUUACAUGAACCCAUGUUCCUGUUCCUCUGCAGCCUGUUUGUGAACGAACUGUUCGGUAGUUUGGGUUUGUUCCCCUUCCUGCUGGUCCAGAUCCUCUCUGAUGUUCACUCCGUUUCUGCUCCGCUCUGCUUCCUGCAGAUCUUCUGUGUUUACAGUUAUGCAGCAGUUGAAGUUUUGAACUUGGCCGUCAUGUCUUAUGACCGGUACGUGGCCAUCUGUUUUCCUCUGCAGUAUAACUCCACCAUGACGGAUAGAAAGGUCGCGUUGCUCAUUGCCCUGACCUGGGCGUUGCCUGUUCUGGCCACUGUGGUUCUGGUGUCGCUCAGCGCCCCCCUGCGGCUCUGUGGGAACGUCAUCGAUAAGGUUUUCUGUGGGAAUUUCUCCAUCGUUAAGCUGAGCUGCUCUAACACCAGCGUGAACAACGUUUACGGUCUGGUUCUGACGGUCGUCUCCAUCGUCGCGCCGCUCGUUUUAAUCCUCUACACCUACGGAAAGAUUCUGGAGGUUUGUUUCUCCGCGACCAAACAGACGCGGCAGAAAGCCGUCAGCACCUGUACGCCUCACCUGGCCUCCAUCCUGAACUUUUCUUUCGGCUGCUGUUUCCAGAUCCUGCAGAGCAGGUUUGACCUCAGCAGGGUGCCUCCUCUGCUGGCCAUCGUUUUGUCGCUUUACUUCCUGACCUGCCAGCCGCUCUUCAACCCGGCGCUGUACGGCCUGAAAAUGGCCGCCAUCCGAGACGCGUGUAAACGUUUGUUAUGUGGGGAAAACUCGGCUCCUGCAGCAGCUUCUCAUGCCUGAGAACUCACCUUCUGUUAGUGGUUUCCAAGCUCAGGUUUUUCUCUAAUGAAAUAUUAUUUUCAGUUUGUAGAUGAGGAAUCAUUUUUCACAUGUUGGUGCCGACAUUUUUCUCUGUUUUGAUGUUUUUUUGUUUUUGCAGAUGUUUUAAAACAGGAACGUUGAACUUAUUUUCAUUUCAGGUCACAUUAGAAGCCAUGAAGGGCCUCAAAGGGCAGCUGUGGCCCUGCAGGCUCCAGACUGACAGAAAGAGAACUUAAAGGUAAUAUUUGUCUGUUUAAAUUGUGUUUUAUUAGUCAAGUUAAAUUAGUUUUUGUUUUUAUGAAUUACUUGGAUGCUGAACAUGAAAUCUUUAAAGGCACCGUUUUAACAGCUGGCUAUUCGUUUCAUCAGUAGUUUUUGCCUCAUCUGGCCCUUUGAGGACCUUCAUGGUUCAUGAUGGGACCUGAAGUGAACUUCAGUUUGACAUCCAUGAUCUACAGUUUACAUUAAUACUGAUGUGUUUCUGGCUCACUGGAUAAAUUAUAAAAAACUGAAUCUGUCUUCCUGUUUUUUCUCUAUAAAACAAUAAAAGCAGAUCCUGCAGAGCAGGCUGGACCUCAGCAGGGUGCCUGGUUCUUAAAAUGGGUCUAAAACCGAACAUUAAAACAGUUAUUGAAAUGAAUAUCAUAGAGUAAAUGAUUUACUCUUAUCAGUGAACAAAUACAGGAACUGGUUUGAUUAUUUGGUUGGUUUAUUAUUUAUGGAAGCAAUAAAAACAGUUAUUCAAGGUUAAAAUAAA